AUGUCUUGGACAGGGUUCAAGAAGGGCGUCAAUCGCGCAACCACCCAGGUGUUGAUGAAGACGGGCCAGGUCGAGCGCACAAAUGAUCGCGAUUUUGAGACUGAGCAGCGACGCUACCGGACCAUGGAAACGGCGGCGAACAAGCUGCAAAAGGAAGCAAAGGGUUACCUCGAUUCGCUCCGUGCCAUGACGGCCUCGCAGAUGCGCAUUGCCGAAACUAUUGACGCCUUUUACGGAGACGCCGGCACCAAGGACGGAGUAUCGCGCUCCUACAAGCAAGCUGUUACCGACCUGGACGCCGAGACAAUCAAAGCCCUUGAUGGUCCCUACCGAACAACGGUCCUCGACCCCAUCCAGCGCUUCUGCUCCUAUUUCCCCGACAUCAACGCCUGCAUCACCAAGCGCGAACACAAGCAGAUGGACUAUGAUCGCAUGCGCGCCCAAGUCAGGAAGUUGACGGACAAGCCCGACAAGGAUGUCACCAAGCUCCCGCGUGCUGAGAAGGACGAGCAACUCGCCAAGGCUGCCUACGACCAACUCAACGACACCCUGACGGCCGAACUGCCACAGCUCAUCGACCUGCGAGUACCCUACCUAGACCCAAGUUUCGAGGCGCUAGUCAAGAUUCAGUUGAGGUUCUGUGCCGAGGCCUACUCGAGAAUGGCACAGGUACAACAGUAUCUCGAUGCCAACACAAGAGAUCAGUAUGCUCAGGGUGAGCUGGACGCGCGUGUCGAGGAGGUGCUGCAGGAAAUUAGGGACCUCAGUAUUGCGGGAACUGUCUAA